CAAAUGAACAAGCAGUGAGCUGCGGCGCUGGAGGAGAACAGCAGAGAGAGAGACCGCACACAUCCAUCCAUCCAUCCCCACCUAACACCGUGUAUCGCUGUCUGUGGUCCGCGCUGCGAUGUUGAUCAUGGACAUUUUGCCCCCGCUCCUCCUCCUCUCCAUCCUGUUGCCGGGCUACGGUUGCCGGGCGGCGGACAUUCCGGAGGACACUACAUCAGAGUUCUCCGUCAGACUGUACCACAGGCUGCAGGCAGCGGGGGGUCAGGACAACAUCAUUUUCUCCCCGCUGAGCGUGGCCGUGGCCCUGGGCAUGGUGGAACUGGGAGCCAGGGGGGCCACGCUGGAGGAGAUACGACAGGCUGUAGGAUUCAGCCACCUGCUGCCAGGUGUUGAGUUUUCUUUGCUCCAGAACCUGACGGCCGCUCUGUUGGACGACGAUACCCACUAUGUGAUUCGAUUCGCCAACAGCCUUUUCCUCCAGGAAGGCAUCACCUUUAACCCCGAAUUCCUGCAUCUGAUGAGGAAGUAUUUUCGGGCCGACAUUGAGACGGUUGACUUUAGUGAAUCAGCAGCCGUGGCUGAGCAGAUCAACACCUGGGUGGAGAAUCAUACAGACAGUAAGAUCCGCGCGCUGCUGUCAGCUGAGGAUUUCAGCAGCGUGACCCGUCUGACUCUGGUGAACGCCGUCUACUUCAGAGGCUCCUGGAAAAACCAGUUCAGACCAGAGAACACCAGAACCUUCUCCUUCAGCAAAGAUGACGGCACCGAAGUCCAGACGCUGAUGAUGUACCAACAGGGAGACUUCUAUUAUGGUGAGUUCAGCGAUGGCUCCCAGGAAGCGGGCGGUGUGUAUCAGGUGUUGGAGAUGCCCUACGAGGGAGAGGACAUGUCCAUGAUGAUCGUUCUGCCUCGACAGGAGGUGCCGCUGGCUUCUCUGGAGCCCAUCAUCAAAGCACCGCUGCUGGAGGAGUGGGCGAAUAACGUGAAACGGCAGAAAGUGGAAGUGUACCUACCAAGGUUCAAGGUGGAGCAGAAGAUUGACCUGAGGAACACUCUGCAGGAUCUGGGCAUAAAGAACAUCUUCAAUAACGAUGCCGAUCUCUCUGCGAUGACGGAUGGUAAGGACCUGUACAUCGGUAAAGCUGUGCAGAAGGCCUAUCUGGAGGUGACUGAAGAAGGGGCAGAAGGAGCUGUGGGCUCAGGAAUGAUCGCCCUGACCAGGACUCUGGUGCUGUACCCUCAGGUCAUGGCUGACCACCCGUUCUUCUUCGUCAUCAGAAACCGGAGGACAGGGUCUAUCCUCUUCAUGGGCAGGGUCAUGACCCCUGAAGUCAUCGAGCCAAACGACCAUGACUUUGAUUCCAUGUAAUCGUGGUGCGUGGUCACUCAAUCUCAGCCAAUCAGAUCCUGACAUCAUAAACGCUACCUAUCCUCUAUCACUCUCUUCAGCUGUGUUUUAUACUCUUUAUGAAAAAAAAAGAUAAACAAAUAUUAUAUGGUAUAUUAUAUAUUGAAAUAUGAAAUACGACAUAUAAUGUGAUGUUUUGAUACUGGAAGCUUUAAACACUUGGAUACAGACAUGCAGAAAGCGGAAAUUGUAAAUAUUCUCUAGUUCAGGAUUGUUUGUAUAUGAGAAAGAAGAACACAUGAUACUGUAUGUAAUCCAUGCGCAACCCCUUUAAGUUCAGCAGCUUGAUACUCACUUGCGCCCACACACAAGAUGCACAAAAUGUUUUCUCGCUUCUUCAAAAAAAAAUAUUUACUCUUUCUUACUCCUGAUAAAAGAUUGUGCACACUGUACGUUUCACUUUAAUUAUCCCUGUACAUUUCACAGUGUGUUCUAUAUAUGCUGAGUAUUUAUUGCAGAAUAAACAUGUGCAAACAUUUUGUCCUCAUACACUGAGUCUUAGUAAUAAUAUCUGUUCCAGACAGUAUUCGAGUCCUUUUUCUUACACUGUAGGCACAUGGCUUAACUGCUGAUGAACUAAUAUGCCUUAUCACAUCAGAGUGGUUGAUUAAGCCCCGGCUGGGCAUCUCACAGGUGAGCAGAGAGGACUGCGUAACUAAGGCGGGUUGCUAUAGAGACGGACUUGAGCAUGCAGGGGCAUGGAGAACGAUCUGCUGCACCAUUUUUGGAUGUAUAUACAGGGAGAAACAGUAACACCAGCUGUAUUCAGUCUUUUACUCAAUAAAUACAUGAAUGUGUUCCCAUGAAAA